UAACUCUAUAAUAGUAAGAGAUCACGAUCAAUUUAGCUAGUAAAUACUAAGAUAUCUAGCCAAGUCUGACUUUAUUUUCACUUUUCGCUUUAUUCAAUGCCUCCGCAACGACGUGCACCACAGAGACCAAGACUUACAGGUCCCCAAAUCGCAAGCAUCGCGACGGCGCACCGUUUAGGGCAGAAUCUUCCGCAGAUCUCUAGCCUAAUCCGGGUUAGACCGGAUACUGCCCAAAAGGCGCUAUCGCGUAUCUCUAGGCGUGCCCGUGAGAUACAAGCCUUAUCGAGAGAUUUACCAGUCAAUUUCGUUCCGAGUUUACCAGAUAUCCUAGAUGCGAUCGUACAGGAUCGCCCUCGGGACUAUCUUGAAGCUCGUCCUGGCAGACCCCAUGCGAUUUCCCCGCAGACCUCCGAUGCCCUUCGGAUCCAUGCGCAAUGUACAGAAGAGGCCCAAGACACGCCCUGGCGACAUGUAAUCGACGAUUUUUCACGGGUAUACGGAGAACCUAUCUCACAAACAACGGGAUGGAGGACUCUUCACGAAGAUCACUACCUCCGACGAAGGCGCCCACCACGUAAACUUCACCUCGAAUUCUGGCACAAACGGUUCCGUAUACAGCUCGCAGAAUGGGCACUCCCUAAGCUAGAUCGAGGAGAUCUCUUUAUCUUUACAGACGAGGUGUCUAUCGAUACGGAUCGACAUAAUAAACCUCCUGCCGUUACCUGGGAGGUAGGAGAGAACCCAUUCAAUUACUCACGACCACCAGCCGACGAGAUCCAGCCUGCAAUUAUGUUUUGGGGCGCAAUUGUCUACGGAUACGAUCUGUACGGUACAGGGCCCUGUCACACCUGGUCCCGGGAGACCAUAGAGGAGACGCAAAAGUUGAAGGAAAAUAUCGACCAAGAGAACGCUGAAAAGGAGCGGUUAAUGGAGCAGGACAGAGCCGCUGCACGGCAGCCUGGCACUCAUCAAUUCCGAGAGAUACAUGAAAUGAACGAGGAUAUACAGAGGUAAGUAGUGAGACGGUGCCAAAAGGUCGGAUUUGGCACUUCUGUGGUGCUAAUAUCCUGCGUUCGUUUCCGGACUCUUUUCGGUCUGAACCAACCAAACCGUAAUC